GUAUGGAAAGAAGCCUGUCAACGAGUUUUAUUGAGUGGACUCGCAGCUUUGAAUCAACCAAAAGUGACUUUUUUUUUCACAACCAAUAUUUGAUUGAUAUGCUUGCUAAGCCAGAAACUCAAAAAUUCUCGACGGUGUUUGAGACUUCGCACCUGCGGGUUGGGAGCUGCAGCAUGCAGGGAUGGCGCAAAUCGAUGGAGGACGCUCAUGUCGCGCAACUUAAUCUCGACGGAAACAAGGACCAAGCCUUCUUUGGAGUCUUUGACGGUCACCAAUCGGACGAAGCAGCACGAUAUUGCCGCGCUCACGUGCUCGACGAACUCUUGAAAAAUAUUGCUGCCUACAAGGGUGAUGUGAAAACGGCCUUUGAAGAAUCUUUUAAGGCGAUUGAUAAGCAAAUCUGUCAGAAAUUUGCAUCUAGCGGUACAACAGCGAACUGUGUUUACUUGGCAAACCAGCAAAUCGUGUGCGCAAAUGCUGGCGACAGUCGCGCUGUGCUGUUCCGUGGAGGCAAAGUCGUCCCGCUCAGUGUCGACCACAAGCCUUCCGUGCCCUCCGAGGAGGCACGAAUUGUAGCUGCCGGUUGUCAGGUGGAGAAUGACCGUGUGGAUAUGACGCUGGCGGUUAGUCGUGCGCUCGGUGAUGUGGAUUUUAAAUCUGAUGAUUCGACUGACUGGCGCCAGCAGGCCGUUACUGCUCUCCCAGACGUGACCGUAACGCCGUCGCGAAGCGACGACGAGUUUAUUGUGAUUGGCUGUGAUGGAAUUUGGGAUGUUCUUUCUAACGAAGAAUGUUGCAGGCUCGUGAAAACUCUUAUUCGUAAUAAUGAGAUUGACAAACACGGCAAUCCAAUUGCGGUGGAUAUCAGUCUUGUUUGCGAGCAGGUACUGGAUCGGUGUCUUGCACAGUCGAACACUGUGAAGGAAGGAACGGAUAAUAUGACCAUCAUCGUUGCCGAAUUCAAGCCGCCUUUUUUUAAGAGUUAA